AUGACAUACGGAAAAGAUAAGAUAUCUCAAGUCUUUUAUAAAUCCCAUCAUUCUUCUUCUAAAAAAGCUAUUGAUAAAUUAUUGUCAAAAUCGUUAGCAAAGUCAUUGAAAAAACGACGUGAACAAAAAAAAUUAAAAAAAUUGCAUCUUGCAAAAACAAAACAUAAAUAUCAUGAUCGUAUUAAUCGUAUUAAUGAAUCUCAUAAUCAUAACAAUACAGAAAUUUUUGAAAAAAGUGAUUCUAGCGAUUCAAAUAUGACCAUCGACUAUGUUAGCGAUGAUAGUGACAUCUAUCCUCGUUCUAAAAAUUUAUCCAUCUCUAAAACUGAUUUUGGUUCGGAUCAAAUCACAGAUGACGACGUUUCUCGAUCAAACAGUACGUCAACAAUUUCUAGCAAUUCAUUUGCCAGGGUGAUGAUUGAUCGAGGAAUUUCUGACCAGUCGACUAUUCCCCAAGAAUUAAAUCCAAUUCGAAUUCCUUCUACACCACAUUUGGAAUGGGAAGAUUUAAUCAAAAAUAUAAAUGACAUGAAUCUUAAUACAAGCAAUUUAGAUAAUAUAACUCUUAAUAUUAAAUGGAAAAGUAAUCCUUUGGAAAUUUCGCAUUUACAACGUUUUGAAUUUUUGCAUAAAAUCGAAGCAGAAGUUGCAUCUCUCUUGAGACUGACACCUGUACAAUAUUUAACUUCCAAGAAUACUUUGCUUUCUGCUUCACGAAGAUAUAAAGAAAGAAUGUUACCUUUUCGAAAGAGUGAUGCACAAAAAAUGCUAAAAAUGGAUGUUAAUAAAGCAAGUAAGCUGUGGGAGUUUUUCAGACAAGCUCAAUGGCUUUAA